AUGGGUUAGACAUGUUCCUGCAAAUCAAUGCUCUCAAUAUCUAAUUCAGAAAUAACUAGAAGAAACGAGUUAUCACCAAGAAAUGAUAGCUAGGUUACAUCCCAAGAAAAUUAUUUAUAAAUAGAAAACGCGUCUAGAGCCUAUACAAAAGACUAACCCUUAAGAUUUAUCAUCAUUUAUCCGGCCAGAAAGGAAAAUUUUGAUAGCCUCAGAAAAGAGCUUAAACACCUUAAUAAAGACUCUUCGUUUAUCAUUUAAGAAUGUGAAAAUUUGAGUUAAGAUUCAAAUAUUUCUGAAGAAUUCUCUUGCUAUUUACCUUCUUCCUUAGAGGAUUUCAAACUAUGA